AUGUGGCUGCCCCUGCCUCUGCGCUCAGCUGCGUGGCUCAUGCGAGACCCAGCCCAGGGAGGCUGGCAGCGCCUCCUGGCUUCAGGGCAGUGGAGGCCGGCCCCGGGGGGACACCCCAACCAGGGCAGCGGAGGCCGGCCCCGGGGGGCACCCCAACCAGGGCAGCGGAGGCCGGCCCCGGGGGGCACACCCCAACCAGGGCAGCGGAGGCCGGCCCCAGGGGCACACCUCAACCAGGGCAGUGGAGGCCGGCCCCGGGGGGUGGAUACCCCCACCAGGGCAGUGGAGGCCGGCCCCGGGGGGACACCCCAACCAGGGCAGCGGAGGCCGGCCCCGGGGGGACACCCCAACCAGGGCAGCGGAGGCCGGCCCCAGGGGCACACCUCAACCAGGGCAGUGGAGGCCGGCCCCAGGGGCACACCCCACCAGGGCAGUGGAGGCCGGCCCCGGGGGGACACCCCACCAGGGCAGCGGAGGCCGGCCCCGGGGGGACACCCCAACCAGGGCAGCGGAGGCCGGCCCCGGGGGCACACCUCAACCAGGGCAGCGGAGGCCGGCCCCGGGGGGCACCCCAACCAGGGCAGCGGAGGCCGGCCCCGGGGGGGCACCCCAACCAGGGCAGCGGAGGCCGGCCCCGGGGGGCACCCCAACCAGGGCAGCGGAGGCCGGCCCCGGGGGGCACACCCCAACCAGGGCAGCGGCGGCCGGCCCCGGGGGGCACACCCCAACCAGGGCAGCGGAGGCCAGCCCUGGGGGGAUACCCCACCAGGGCAGCGGAGGCCGGCUCCGGGGGCACACCUCAACCAGGGAAGUGGAGGCCAGUCCCGGGGGGACACCCCAACCGGGACAGCGGAGGCCGGCCCCGGGGGGCACCCCAACCAGGGCAGUGGAGGCCGGCCCCAGGGGCACACCUCAACCAGGGCAGUGGAGGCCGGCCCCGGGGGGAACAUCCCAACCAGGGCAGCGGAGGCCGGCCCCGGGGGGCACCCCAACCAGGACAGCGGAGGCUGGCCCUGGCCAAGCUCCUGGCCAGCUUCCGCCAGAGACAGACUGCACCUGGCCAGGUCUGCAGGCCUCACCCCCGGGGAGUAA